CGCCUGUGUGUCGUCUGCGGUGACGCCAUCACAGCGAUGGAAGCCGCGGACGGAAAAAGAAAAAGAACGAUGGACUCGCUAAAUUACGCUCCUAUAUCUCGCAUUUUGGCAUUUGUUUUUGUCUUCUCGUCCUUCUUUUUCCGUACCUCGCUCGGCACCGAGUUGACGUUCGUCACUUGCGGCUCGGUGCUGAAACUUUUAAACAUCAAACACAACGUGAGACUUCACUCGCAUGACGUCCGCUACGGCUCAGGAAGUGGCCAGCAGUCGGUGACGGGCGUUACCAGCGCGGAGGACAGCAACAGCUACUGGCGCGUCCGUGGUACACGUGACGCCACCUGCCUUCGGGGAAGCGCCAUCAAGUGUGGACAAAACAUCCGACUGACACACGUCAACACUGGACGCAACCUGCACAGCCAUUACUUCAGCUCGCCACUAACCUCCAACCAGGAAGUGAGCGCAUUUGGCGAGGAGGGCGAAGGCGACCACCUAGAUGAGUGGACAGUGGAGUGCGGGGGCACGUUGUGGGAGCGCGCCGCGGCCAUUCGCUUUCGCCACAAAGCCACUGAGGCAUCGCUGGCCGUCACGGGCGAGCAGUACGGCCGGCCCAUCAGCGGCCAGUACGAGGUCCACGCGGCUGUCGGCGCCGGCCAGCACGGCUUGUGGAGAGCGGCGGAGGGUGUCUUCGUCAAGCCCGAUGACGGCCCUCACGCCGUCCAGCGGGACGCAGGUUACGCGCAUACGGAGUUCUGAGUGCGGUGCGACCUUUCCAAACUUGCUGCCUAAACGUGUUGAAUUCCUGUCUGGGACAGGAAUGAAUCGCCACGGCACUAUGCCUUUUGUACAAAAUAGUUGGAUACAAUAAGGAUAAAUGAACUCAAUUUGACUGCAGUGUUGAGCGAGCGCCUGACAGUAUUUAUUGUCCUUGUUGCGUGUCAACGUGUUUCACAACUUGGAAUAAAAAAAAAUUUAAAAAAAAAAAAAAAAAACAUUUGGAGCAGCUUUCAUUUGUAUU